CUUUUUAUAAGUAGUGGAUGGAUAACGAUGAAGACUGUAUAGAUGGAAACUAAGAGAUAAUCAAAGAUAACAACAUGGUCGCACCUCAAAGACCGGCAAAAAGGGCUAAAAUCGCAGUAGCUUGUCAAAGAUGCAGAGUACGUAAAGUACGUUGUGACGGCACACGACCGACAUGUUUACAAUGUAUGAUCGGUCAAACGGAUUGUUCAUGGCCAAGCGAAGGAAGUACAAGCGCUGUGGAUGCAACAUCAUACAACAAAACAUCCAUCAAUCCUUCAGCUCAUGAUGACUUUGCAAUACCAAUACCCACUGCUCCACCAGCAUUAGCCAAUCAAACGCCUACAAUGCCAUCCGAUUUCACACCCGGUAAUGUGCCAUUGACACCUUUUGGCUAUGAAGCAGGACAGCAACACGCUCAAUACAGUGGACCAGCUCAACCGCAGAACUUCAGCCCUUCGGAUAACUCGCAUGUAGAAGAUUUCAAUAGUCUACAAUGGAUGAUGAAUCAACUAAGCGGUUCAGCUGCCUAUGAGUCAGAACAAUCUGCCCUUCAACCAAGUCCGUCAAACUCAAACACAAGUGCAGACACAACUUCUCAAUCUGCUCGUCGUCAACGUUCCUCCAGUACGCUACAGAAGCUAAGCAAUCUUUCUUGGCAAGAGCUUUAUUCAAGGGUAUAUGGAACAUAUGCCAGAUAUUUGGUGGAUGUUAACACUACGCCAACCGCAAACGGUCACGAAGAUCUGCGUGCAUCUUCUAUAGCAGGAUCAUUAAGUGAACUACACAGAUCCAAUAGUCCGGAUCAGAAAGCUCUUUCCGAUGCCGCCCAUGCUCUGGCGAUCCGCUUCCAAGGGCUAGAGGACGUAGACAUUCACAACUCACAACGCCCUCAAUUACAAAAAUGCAUCGAUGAUACUUUGCAACACGUUGGUGCAAUAUUACGCCAUCCGACCCAACAUGGCAUUCUGGCUCUAGCGAUGAUAUCCUGGCUACUGUACAUGGAAAGUGAGGUUCAAACUUCGUUCUCUUUCUGUACGAUUGCGGCAUCACAGUGUGCUUUAUUACCGGAAUCGCUACAGACACAAGCGGGAAUCAAUUCGGGAGCCUGGGUAUUGUACGACCUUAUCGGGGAGAUGAUCCUUCGAUCAGGAACGCAUACCUCAGAUCUGUGGUUGGACUUACAUCAGAAAGCCUUUGUUACACAGGAUGAUUCGGAUGAUACAUCCGCAUUGAUCUCUGCAGGCAUUGCCGUUCAAAGCGCUGCGGUGGGUAUCCAUCAACUUGUUUCUUCGGCAACCAAAGACCACAAUCCUAGCACACAUCAAUCUGAGCUUGAUUUGAAUCUCACAUCCUCACAACUUGCCAAACCGAUCUUGCAGGAGAUUGCAAACGUUUAUACAAGACUUGAUCUGCCUUUCGCGACCCUGACGUCCGAACAACUCUCACGUCUUGAUGAUAUCGAACAAGGAGCAAGUCAGGCGUACGAAGGAUUGACAGCAUCCGCACUUUUUAGUGUAUCAAACUUCACUCAACACGAUCAAACAGGUCAUGGGGCAGUAUUUUUAGCUUUGCACGUAAAGUAUGAAGCAACGAUGUGCUACAUCUAUCAACUUCGAGCAUAUUCUUUAACUGAUGAACAAGAACGUAGGGAUGCAAUCGCUACGUCGGCAAGCGCGGCAAGAUCUUUGGCAGAUGAUUUGGUUGUAGCAGAAGCGAUGGCACCUUGGGCAAUCGCAGCAAAUCCAUCUCUUGAUCGAUAUAUCUUUUUAGGAGCUUUAAGUAUUCUUAUCUCGUUUAAAAUCACAACAGGAUCUUUUAAAAUUUCACAAAAAUCAUCCAAAACUGAUGGACAUACGCCAGGAAGCAAUGCAACUUCCAAAUCAGAUUCAUCAACGAGAACACGUUUGUUGUGCAACGUUUUACGACAGAAUUUCACUGCUUGUCAUCAAGCAUUAAAAUUGCUUUCUAGAUUCUGUCUUGCAUCAAAUACGUUUUUGGAUCUAUUGGAUGGAAUAACAAAGGAAGAGCAUGUUUGAUCAAUUUUUUGUAUUUUAGGAAUUGUACCAAAAACAAAUGAAUGAAAUUUUGUA